GCACGCUACUCUCCACCAAAAUCUUAUCCCACCGUCAAAGAAGAGAUGGCUCAAGCAAAGCUAGCACGCUGCCAAAAUCUUCCCUGGAUCCCCACCGUCAGAGAAAGAGAAGAGAGCCAAGAGCAAGGCUUCUCUAUCUUCUUGCAUGCAAGGCUCCUUUAAUACGCCUUGAGGUCUCUCGUCUCUUCUGCAAGCAAGCCACCGAGAUCUCCCUCUGUACACGGGAGAAAGCGAAGAGGGGGGAGGUUGCUGGCACCUCCUCAGAUCUGUGAAGAGUGGGCCGCUAUUGUGAGAAUAGCGUGGGCCGCACCUCCUCGUCGGUGGAGGAGCUUGUCAUCCGCUGUCGUCGGCACCUUCUCGUCGCUCCCGCUCAGCUGCAAGAUAGCCGAGCUCCGGAGAGGACACGGGGAGGACCAACUAUAACGUGGAUCAGUGGCGCCGGCGGCGGUGCCGGCGGAAAGAAUCCCUCGGAGGCAGAGGAGGCGUCGGCGGUGGAGAGGGUGACGGAGAAUGCGACCCCGUGGUGCCUCGAUCUCAACGCGCAGCCGGAAGAUCUCGUGGUCUUGAGCCGGCCGAGGUGUUUUCCGGCGACGGAGAAGGGUAGAGGUGACGGAGACAGCUUGAGAAGGUGGGGGAACCGGAAGAGCUAGAAGACUGGGGGAAGGAGGCUCUCGGCAGCGAGGGGAGGUCUCGCCCCGUCAGGCUAGAGAAGUUGUAGGGGAUCUGCUGCCGUGGAUCAUCAACUACGGAGAACCUUGCAGUGCUUCCAAGAGCUGCAGCUCCCAAACACUGGGAAGCUUCCAACUCCUAAAUAACGAAAUGUUCCCACCAGUCCAUAUGUCAUGCUGCCGGCCGUGUCUGUCCUCGCUCUCAUCUCUCACCCACUCCCUCCUUAUUUUUUUCCAUUCUCAUCAAGAAAAUAUCAAAUGAGAUGAAUUUGGAAGGACGGUUAAGCCAUUGGCAAUAGUUUUAUUGGUGGCUUGUUCGCAUUCCAACUUAAAACCUCAUGAUAUAGAAGUCAGCAUUUCCAUAGGUCAGUAACAGGUGAAGAGGAAAAUGGAGCAGGAGAAGGAGAUCAUUGCAGUGAGAGAAAGAGAGCAUUCUGUCAUGCUUCGAGUCGAGGAAGGUGGCGGCGAUGGCAAGGACAGUGCCAAGAAAGUGGAGACUGCUGUGCAUGUUGCAGGAGAAGAGACACAGGUUGAGGUUAAGACCAGGAGUAAAAGGGUGGCAGCACUGGAUGCUUUUAGAGGCCUAACUAUUGUUUUAAUGAUAUUAGUCGAUGAUGCUGGAGGAGCGUAUGAGCGGAUCGAUCACUCGCCAUGGAAUGGAUGCACGCUUGCUGACUUUGUCAUGCCCUUCUUCCUCUUCAUUGUUGGAGUUGCCGUAGCUCUUGCUCUCAAGAGGAUCCCAAAGGUCUCUGAAGCAAUUAAGAAAGUUGUCGUUAGAACACUGAAACUUCUCUUCUGGGGUCUGCUUCUUCAAGGUGGAUACUCCCAUGCUCCUGAUGACCUCUCCUACGGUGUUGACAUGAAGCACAUCAGAUGGUGUGGCAUACUUCAGAGAAUAGCGUUGGUUUACUUCGUUGUGGCUCUGAUAGAGAUUCUGACUACAAAACUACGUCCAACCAUCAUAGGCUCAGGCCCUUUUGCCAUAUUCAGCGCAUAUUAUUGGCAAUGGAUUGGUGGGCUCAUUGCAUUUGUGUUAUACAUGGUCUUGAUAUUCACUCUCUAUGUACCAGACUGGAGCUUUGUAUUGCAUAACCCAGGCGAUGUAAAUGAUGGAAAGAGAUUCACAGUCCAAUGUGGUGUGAGAGGGCACUUAGGUCCCGCUUGCAAUGCAGUUGGUUACGUAGACAGGCAAGUUUGGGGUAUAAAUCACCUCUAUUCACAACCUGUUUGGAUACGAUCAAAGGACUGUACAGACAGUUCCUCAAGCAUGGGGCCACUGAGAAAAGAUGCUCCAAGUUGGUGUCUUGCUCCCUUUGAACCAGAAGGCUUGCUCAGUUCGAUAUCAGCCAUCCUUUCAGGAGUCAUUGGAGUUCAUUACGGGCAUGUUCUGAUCCAUUUUAAGGUUCAUUCGGAGCGGCUUAAGCAAUGGCUGCUGAUGGGGUUUGGUCUUCUUAUUUGUGGAAUCAUCCUUCAUUUUACAAAUGCUAUUCCUAUCAACAAACAACUAUAUAGCUUUAGUUAUGUUUGUUUCACGGCUGGGGCAGCAGGGAUUGUUUUCUCGGCAUUUUAUAUACUGAUUGACCUAUGGAGUUUAAGGAUGCCAUUCCUGUUCCUUGAGUGGAUAGGAAUGAAUUCAAUGCUUGUUUUUGUAAUGGCAGCAGAGGGCAUCUUUCCUGCAUUUGUAAAUGGGUGGUACUAUGAAACCCCAAAAAAAUCUCUUGUCCAUUGGAUCCAUGAACAUGUAUUUGUUAAUGUUUGGCAUUCAGAAAGGUUGGGUACUCUUCUUUAUGUGAUAUUUGCUGAAAUUGUCUUCUGGGCAGUUGUGGCGGGCAUCCUGCACAGACUGGGAAUUUACUGGAAACUGUGAAAAAUGUAACUUUUAAAUCAUUUGGAUGAACUUGUUACAAUUACUUUUUCUUCUGUUUAAUACUCUAUAUUUUGGGUCAUUGAAAGCUAUCUUCACCUGUAACUGCGUAUAGUCUACGAGGAAAUUGCAACAAUUAAUACUCUGAAGAAAAAUCAUUUCAUUGUCUUGUGGUUUU